GAUGAUAGCAUAUUGAGGUGUGGCAAACAGCCACUCCAACAAAUUGGAUUUAUUAGCUUUCAAUAACUGCACGAUAUCGGCAGACGUUACAACUUUUGGUUUUACUACACAACAAAUGGAUUCUGUAAUGGAUGUUAUAAAAAAUUCAGAAGAGCCUGAAUGGCUUGAAAAACAAGUUAUAGGGGGAUUGCGUCUUUGGCAACUUGUAUUUCUUUGUUUGGCUGCCGCUGCGACUUUGAUUGUGAUGGUGUGUUGCUGCUUCCGGUUCCGCAUCCCGCGCACGAAGCAGCAGAUAGAGGCGGACUACAAGCGGCGCCAGAUCGCAUCCAAGUUUAGGCAGCAGCUGGAGACCAUACAGGACACCAAGAUGGACGCCAUGUCCUUGAAAGACGCCUUGGACUUGCUCCACGAGAAGACCAAAGCAGAAAUGGACGCAGAGAAGCAGGGCUCGCAGCCAAGCUCCAUCACAUCUCCGCAACAAAGUUCAUUCGACGCGUCGUUCCAGCCCGAGGGCGGUCAGAAGCCCGAGCCGCAGGUGUCGCGUCAGUUCGCGCGGUUCGCGGGCAGAGUCGCCACAAUCACCAAGCUGGGACAGCCCAAGACUCCUACUUCUCCGAAUCCGUCCAAUAAGGAGUUUUAACUUUGUUGAUAUGACUAGACGUUGCCCGGGGCUUCGCUCUCAUGGAAAUUUUGAGAUAAAAUAUGGCCUAUAGCAAUCAUGGAUAGUAUACCUAAUGGUAAAAUGAUUUUUGAAAUAGGUUCGGUAGUUUCGGAGAU